AUGGCUUCUCGCAAGAAGGUCUUGCUCAAGGUUAUUAUCCUUGGCGACAGCGGCGUGGGAAAGACAAGUCUUAUGAACCAAUAUGUCAACAAGAAAUUCAGCGCCAGCUACAAGGCUACGAUCGGAGCGGAUUUUCUCACAAAGGAGGUUCUCGUGGACGACCGAUUGGUGACGAUGCAGCUUUGGGAUACAGCCGGCCAGGAGCGCUUCCAAUCUCUCGGUGUCGCCUUUUACAGAGGAGCCGAUUGCUGUGUGUUGGUAUAUGAUGUUAACAACUCGAAGAGUUUUGAAGCUCUGGACAGCUGGCGAGACGAAUUUCUCAUCCAAGCCAGCCCCCGAGAUCCAGAGAGCUUUCCUUUUGUUGUGAUUGGUAAUAAAAUCGAUGCCGAAGAAAACAAGCGCAUGAUCUCGUCGAAACGGGCAAUGACCUUUUGUCAGUCCAAAGGCAACCUCCCAUACUUUGAAACUAGCGCAAAAGAAGCUCUCAACGUUGAGCAGGCAUUUGAAGUUAUUGCACGAAGUGCACUUGCGCAAGAAGAAGCCGAUGAGUUCAAUAGCGGCGACUUUGGCGACCCGAUCAACAUCCGACUUGACAGUGAACGUGAUGGCUGCGCAUGCUAA